AUGGUGGCCCUUUCCUUCUUCUGGGUCCUUGCCGUGCCCAUUGGCAUCUCUGCCGCUCCCACGCCAGAAGACUUCUUCUCUCUGGCCAAGCGUGCGGUGUGUGGCUCGACUGCAGGUAUCAACCCGCUCCCUAUCCAUUCGCACAAUGACUACACCCGCAAUAUUGCACUGUGCGAUGCGCUUGCAAACUCGGCGUCGAGUAUCGAGGCGGACAUCUGGUGGCGCGAUAACACCCUCUUUGUCGCACACCUGGAGAUAGAGCGCGACUCCUCUCGCACACUCCAGUCGCUGUAUGUGCAGCCACUCCUGACGUUGCUCAACGCAGCCAACCCUGGUGGGGUCAAGCCCGGCGUGAGGCCGAAAGGCCUCUGGCCAUCGUCGCCUAACACGGCCUUACAACUCUUGAUUGAGCCCAAGUCUAACGGCGAUGCUGCCUUCCCACCUAUUGUCGCUGCUCUCAAACCCCUCGCCGAUGCAGGCUACCUGACCACCUACGCUAACGGCGUCCUCACCGAAUCGGCCAUCACCGUCGUCGGCACAGGCAACACUCCCCUGGCCCUUGUCCAAGCCCAAAACCCACGCACAUUUUUCUUCGACGCGCCCCUCACUGCCCUUGCACCCGGCACCAAUACCCAGUAUACCAAUACCCUCUCCCCGCUCGCGUCAGCUGAUUACCUGGCCGUCGUCGGCUGGCUCGGUAUUGGGAGUAUUAGCGCCAACUCGAGGGCUACUAUUAGGAGCUUGGUCGCCAAUGCGCAUGCGCGUGGCAUUAAAGUAAGAUUUUGGGGAUCUCCGGGCAAAUUUUUGGGUAUCGAUGGUCCGAUGAAGGCAGUAUGGAAGGAACUAUUGGACGGUGGUGUCGAUUGGAUGAAUGUUGAUAAUUUGACGACGGCAAGGGAUUACUAUCUCAACUACAUCAAGUAG